CAGUCUGUGGCUGCAAGAGAAAUCAGUCAUGACUUUGCUACUGCCAAUCCUUCUCGGUUUUCUUGCUUCUCUUGUUGGAGGCCUGUACCUUCUGGGGGUGUUUCGACAACGGCGACCAGGAGAGCCUCCUUUGGAUAAGGGGUUCAUCCCUUGGCUUGGUCAUGUGUUAGAGUAUCACAGGGACACUGCCAAGUUCCUAGAGAGGAUGAAGCAAAAGCAUGGUGAUGUCUUCACAGUGCAGCUGGGAGGCUUUUACAUCACUUUCAUGCAGGACCCUCUAUCACUGGGGGCGUUUGUUAAGGAGAGUCGAAAAAAAUUGGACUUCAACGUGUUUGCCAGGCACCUGGUGCACAGAAUCUUUGGUUACAAAUCUAUGGGGAAUGAGCACCCCAUUCUGAUGUCGACUAGCCAGAAACACCUGAACGGGGCUGGACUGGAGGUGUUAACACAAUCCAUGAUGCAUAAUUUGCAGAAUAUAAUGCUGCAAGAAAUUGACAAAGCUGCAGACCAAAGGUCCUGGAUGGAAGAUGAACUGUUUAAGUACAGCUACAAUAUUAUUUUUAGGGCUGGCUACUUAUCUCUUUUUGGCAAUGUGUCACCCAUGUCUGAAGGAAGUGUGGAGAAAGCCAAAGAAAAAGACAAAGCUGAAUCAGAAGACUUAUUUCACAAGUUCCUCAAAUAUGACCAUGUCUUUCCUAGUCUGGCUCAUGGAGUCCUGACACCAAGAGAAAAGAUGGAGGCAGAGAAGCUAAAGACAUUCUUCUGGAACACUCUGUCACUACAGAAGGUGAAGACCAAGGACAACAUUAGUGGCUGGGUGUUGGACAUGCAGCGAGCCAGAGAGGAGAUGGGUAUAAAGGAGUCAAUGAUAGACAGGUACAUGUUUGUGCUUCUUUGGGUUUCCCAAGGCAACACAGGGCCCUCUGCAUUUUGGCUGCUCUUCUUCCUCAUGAAGCACCCUGAAGCUAUGUCAGCUGUACAAGGGGAGAUAGAUAAGGUAUUGAAGGAAUCUGGGCAGGAAGUCUUACUUGGUGGCCCUUUGAUCAACCUGACCUGUGACAUGCUGAAGAAAACGCCAAUCCUGGACAGCAUCAUUGAAGAGACCCUCCGACUCAUCUCUGCGCCAACCCUUGUCAGGUCAGUGGUAGAAAAUAUGACUUUCAAGAUGGUUGAUGGUCGUGAGUACCAUAUCCGCAAGGGCGACAGAUUGGCUGUCUUUCCUCACAGCGCUGUCCACAGUGAUCCAGAGAUCCACCCAGACCCAAAGUCAUUCAAAUACAACCGCUUUCUGAAUCCAGAUGGGAGCAAGAAAACAGUUUUCUACAAAGCAGGGAAGAGGGUGAAGUAUUACAACAUGCCGUUUGGUGCAGGGGUCUCCAUGUGUCCUGGGAGGUUCUUUGCCAACAAUGAGCUGAAACAGUUUGUUUUCCUCAUGCUGAUCUACUUUGAGUUUGAGCUGAAGAAUCCUGAUGAGAAGAUACCCGAUCCUGUCCUCAGUCGACUGGGCUUUGGAGCACUUCAUCCCAUCAGUGAAAUCCAGUUUCGGUACAGACUCAGAUUCUGAACAACUGUCUCAGUAAACUUUAGUUUGAUAGUAACAAAUGGACACUUACCAAAUAAUGAUAAGCUGUUUAGCCAUUGCAAAUCCACUGUCACUAAGUUAUGGAUGAAAACCAAUAAUCACGAAUGAUUGCACCAUUUUUGGGGGGAAUUGUGUCAUGUGGUAAUCACAUUAUUUCAGCAAAUUAUACAGCAACAUAAGGUGAAUAAAUAUUCAUUAAUUCAGUGCUGCUGCUGAGUUCUAAGUCUGGAGGUAUUUUUUUCCUCUUCAUCUCUAUUGUCAUUUUUUGAGGACUGUUUGUGGUCUUGUAUUGGAUUACCAUAUAUUUAGAGGUGUUAAGAAUUUCUUUCCAUUUCCACAUUAAACAAUUAGAAACACUCUACAACACA